CUGUAACAUAGUCGAAUGUUCCUUCAGUAGUGGUAUCGUUCGAAACGUGAGACAAUUCGCCUUGUGCUGUUUGUAGGUACACCGGAGAUUAUCCGCCAUGGCCAUCACUAUUGGUGUGUGUACAUCUGCUUUCGAGAGAAACAUCGGAGGACUCUUGUCCAAGUUGAGGUCGACUCUGCCAAUGAUCAACUUCCGAAUGGUCCCUUUACCUUACAACGAUCUCGAUAGUUAUCCAUUGGAGCAAGAACGACUUGAUGGACUGAUCCUUUGUCACUCUAUCCAGAACAGACGCUUUGCCAUUACUGAUGUCUUGGAUGCAAUAUACAAUCAGUUCUUGCCCAGAGCUAAGAAACAUCUUGGGAAGGAGAAUGUAGUCGUGAUCGCUCAUGACUUUCCUUGGCCAUUAAUUAUUAAGAAGAAUGCUACUAUGGAGACCUUCCGGACGAACCAGCCAACGGCUGUGAAAUGCUCCUCACUCGUACUUCUCAGUGGAAGCUUGGACAACACCGUGCAGAUGGAUAGCGACGAUUGGAACCAACUUACGGCGUUCGCAAGAGAAGUCAAACCUCUGGAGUCAUCCCCUAUGAAAUCAGCCUUCCAUGUUGUCAUUAAUUGGUUCCAAUCCGCAAUGAGUCUCGUCAUUUUCGUCAUCAUGUGCAUCUUCAUGCCUAUUCUGGUGAUUGUAAGCAGUAUCGGUUUGUUUCCAUUAAUAAUAAUAGUGGCUGUAUUUUUGUCAUACUGGUUCUGGAAAAUCAAAAACAAGCAACACAAUAUUGGAAUCAGAGAGGGCGAUGGGAGCCUGCAUGAUGUCAAGAGUCAUGGGCCCACUCUUGAAGUGAGAAAGAAAGGAUAUAGGAAAUAGGAGAGGGGAAAGAAAUUUGAAAUUUAUCAGUUAACAAUAGGGACUUUUAGAUUUGCACGUCAACAUAGUGGACACAUGAUUUCUAAACUUCGAAGUGGAUCAGGGUUAUGAUUAUUUGAGAAAUCAAAAGGUGUAUUCUACUCUAAGGAGGGACACUUUUUGCAACACAAUUUUUGGAAAUUAAAGAGGAACCCGCAUUCGUUGUAAGUCGGCUUGGCUUAGAGCAGAAAAAAAAGAGAGAAUCGUUGGUUAAAGUUUCAAAUAAAAUCGGACAAAGAACAGGAAAGUUGUCAUUAUUUAAAUCAUUUGUUUUCUUCAACAUUACACAAAGUGUUCCUUUGCUCAAUUGUGAACUUGUUCAUAGUUUUCUCAAAAUCCCUUCCAAGUAGGGGCGGCGGAGCGUCUUUCAAAGUGUGGGAGGGGGGUGAAGGUACGAACAAAAUAGGGCACUUUCUGAAGACAAUUUUUAGAGAUUUGUGAGGUCGUAGUGCGACAAUAAUCAUAAUAGAGGAAAAAUACAAUCAUGAUGGGGUUUUAAGCCCAAUUCAUGAGAGAGUGAAAAGACCUUUCAUAAGAAACAAAAUUGUAUCAACUUUAAAUGCGAGCGAGCUUUGGGUGAAAAAGGUACCCUUAGUCGCUUUCAAUUUCAUGGUAAAUGGAAAAAAGGGCAUUUUAUCCAAAGGGAAAAGGACACUUAUUAGAAAAGAAAAAAAAUCAUUUCAAAAUAAAAAGGAGAAUUAUCUGAGGUGAAAGUGGGGCACUUCUUGCACAAGAUCAGAUGUACUCGCCAGAGAUGAAAAAAGACAAUAAUGAGAAAGUAAUAGGGACACU